AUGGCAGAAAAGACAGCCGUCGUAACCGACAAAGCCCCCAAAGCUCUGCCCGGCAUCUACAGCCAGGCCAUCAAGGCAAAUGGCUUCGUUUUCGUGUCUGGAGCUGUGCCCAUGGACCCGGUCACCAUGGAGAUCAUUGAAGGCGAUAUCCAAGCUCAUACCCACCAAUGUAUCAGGAAUCUCACAGCUAUCCUCGAAGCUGCUGGCUCAGACAUCACCAAGGUUGUCAAGGUCAAUGUCUUCCUCUCAGACAUGGACAAUUUCGCUGCCAUGAACGAGAUAUACUCGACGUACUGGGGAGAGACCAAGCCAUGCCGAACGUGCGUCGCAGUCAAGACAUUGCCUUUGAAUGUCGAUGUCGAGAUUGAGUGCACUGCCACGUACUGA